UUGUUUACAGGUUUCGUGAAUACACUCAAAUCUCUUCAAAUCCACGUCCCCAAAGCCGUUCUCACAGGUCUAGACGCGGAACUAAUGUGUACAUACGAAUUGGAAGGAGCCCAGCUAUAUUCGAUACGCUGGUAUAGAAAUAUGAUUGAGUUCUACCGAUACGUACCAAAGGAGUCGCCCGCUACCAAGGUUUUUCCAGUGGCAGAGAUUAAAGUCGACGUAGCAGCGUCAGAUCAAAAUCGUGUUGUACUUACAGAAGUAGACAGAACGUUGACAGGAGAAUACCAAUGUGAAGUAUCUGCUGAUGCACCCUUGUUUCAUACGGACAUAAAAUCAGCUAAAAUGGUGGUAGUUGAACCGCCGCUUUUAAGUCCCAAUGUUACAUCUGAUAGAAUGACCUACAUCGGUGGAGAUCACAUAAGAGCAAACUGUACCUCGCCACCAUCACUACCAGCAGCUAAUAUCACGUGGUACGUCAAUGAACAAAUGGUUCCAAGUUUUACGGCAAACCAUGUACUGAAUUUUAGCAACGGAUAUGCAUCAAGCCUGUCCACUUUGGAAUUGGAGGCAGCAGUGUUGUCUCCCGUGCCUACGCUGAUGAUACGCUGUGAAGCAUCUAUAUUCGACGUGUGGAAAGCAACCAGCCACACAAUAGUUUUACGAGAGCGAAGCGCGAACCCGGCUUCCGCUUUGGGCAGGAGUUUUACAGGUGCUGCAACAGAAACUUGUAUCCCGACGAUUCUGGUUCUAUUGCUACAAGUAAUUUUGCAAUUCUUAUUAAAUAACUUCACAGAGACUUCAAUAAGAUAG